CAUUGGCAGCAAACACGGAAGGGUGGACGGCAAGCAACGCUAGGUGGAGCCCUUCGCUCACCCACGAGAAAAGACGAGGAAGAGGGGGUUUAUCCUCCAUCCCCACCCACCUCCCAUGUUCUGAGUCAUUGUGAGCUACGGUGGAGGUCUCGCGGCCGACUGAUGAUGAACCCCUCUCCCCAGCCCAGCAGAUGUCCCUGUGACCUUGUGUUGUCUUUGAAAGCAGGAAAAAACUCAGAUGAUAAACAUAUUGAAAUUGGCACAAAGCGGCCCGAGGAUCAUCUGGUUCCUCUUGUGCCUGCGGUCGCAGCAGUGAGAAGGCCACAUCAAAGCUCGCUGUCUGACAGCCCGCAGAAGACGACGACGACGAUGAAGAAGAAGAGGAGGGGAAAAUCUGGGACAAAUUCUGGUUUGUCAUCAUGUUUCUCUGUGGAGGAGCGGUCGCGUCACCUUUCCUUGGAGAAAACCUACGGCAGAUCGGUUAAGGACUCCCACAUGUGCCACCACAUGUUGAAGCACCUUCACGACGGGGCCCGCAUCACAGUGCAAAUGCCCCCAAAUGUGGAGGGUCACUGGGUGUCCACCAGCUGCGAGGUGAGACCCGGACCGGAAUUCCUGACACGCUCCUACCGCUUCUACGCCAAUAACACAUUCCAGGCACACCAGUUCUACUAUGAGGACAAUCACUGCACCAGGCCGACAUACACCCUGCUGGUUCGGGGACGCCUGCGGCCACGUCAGGCCUCCUGGAUCAUCCGAGGCGGCACGGAGGCUGAGUAUCACCUCCAUCGGGUUCAGAUAACGUGCCACGGAGCCGCCGUGGCUGAGGAGCUGAGCCAAAGGCUGAACCGAAGCUGCAGGGGAGCGGUGAGGGGCCCCUGGGAGCCUGACAUCCCCUACGAGUUGUGGAGCGAGGAGGGUGGCUACAACUGCUCAAGAGAGCUCAACUUUGCCAUGCACGAGUUGCAGCUGCUGCGUGUGGAGAAGCAGUACAUGCACCACAACCCAGACCAUUUGGUAGAGGAGCUCUUCCUGGGGGAUGUCCACACAGACCCCACACAGAGGCUGUACUAUAAGCCCACCAGCUAUCAGACACCACUGCAAAACGCCAAGAACCACGCACACGGUUGUAUCGUCUGCCGCAUCAUCUACCGCUCUGAUGAGUUUCACCCGCCCAUCCUGCCUCCACGCGCCGACCUGGCAGUGGGCCUGUACGGCCAGUGGGCAAGCCAACGGUGCGAGGUCCGUCCAGAGGUGCUCUUCCUCACUCGUCACUUCCUGUUCCACGACAACAACCACACAUGGGAGGGCUACUACUAUCACUUCUCCGACCCCGUGUGCAAGCACCCCACCUUCACCAUCUAUGCCCGCGGACGCUACUCGCGCGGACUGCACUCAACGCGUGUCAUGGGCGGCACCGAUUUCGUCUUUAAAGUGAACCACAUGAGAGUGACGCCCAUGGACUUUGCCACCACUUCGCUGCUUAACGUGUUCAGCGGCAACGAGUGCGGCGCAGAGCGCUCUUGGCAGCUGGGCGUGGAGCAGGAUGUGACAGCGACCAAUGGCUGCGUGGCCCUGGGCAUCCGCCUACCGCACACAGAGUAUGAGCUCUUCCGCAUGGAGCGCGACGCCGGCGGACGCUACCUGCUCUACAACGGCCAACGGCCUAGCGAUGGCUCGAGCCCGGACCACCCGGACAAGAGGGCCACGUCCUACCAGCUGCCCCUGGUGCGCUGCUCAGCUGGCGCCCAGAUGGCAGGACGCAACUCGGGUGGGGACGAUACGCCACUCCGGCUCCGAAACGGUGGCGGGAGACACCACGGAACCUGUGUUGUGAUGCUCCUUGUUGCUAUCAUGUUUAAAAUAUUGUCGCUUUAGGCCCACAACGAACACUUAGGUAGAGCUACAAGUGGCCUUAGGUGGCUAUUGUUGAACACUAAAAUGGAACAAUAGUGAAGAUUCAACCUAAAGGGCCACAUAAAGGACUCCAUAUGGAUGUGCAUUGCAGGCCAAAAGAAGUUAAAGGAGCCAGGAGUCAAAGACUUUUCCCUAAAAAACUGCACUUUAGGUGGAGACACCCAAAGAUGGAUUCUGAUGUAUAUAUGAUGUGAUAUACAUACUUCCACCAUGUUUUUUGUUUUUUUGUUUUUUUUAAAGACAAGAAGAGGAGCUGGGGAACCAUUUUCCCAUAUGAGGCCAUAUACAGUCACAAAAAGUCAGGGGAUA